UGUCUCGCGCGGCGGUGAGGAGCUCCUCUUCCUCCCUGAGAAAGCUCCAUCUCCUCUCGCGCGUUUGACUUUCGAUCAUCCUCCUCGGACUCGUAACGAAGUGUAUGUGUGUGUGUGUGUGUGCGCGUGUUAACGCGAAGACGACGAUGAUCGUGGUAACGACAGUGCCGCGACGACACCGUAAUAACGCGAGUCACGACGAGCACGACGACGACGACGAUCAGCAGGACCACGGCGACGAUUACCGAAAGUGCGCGAGCGCGCCGGUCGUGCUCAUCGGUGCUCGUUAACUUUUUCUCCCGAUUGUUGCGCGGAUUUCUCAUCUUUGCCUUUGGCAAAUUCAUCCUGACGCGACGACGAUGUAACGACGAGCGACGCACGGUCGCGCAGUGCUGCUUUUUUUUCGUCGUUGGGUGCAAAAUGAUCCAGUGCUACUGAUUUUUAUUAUAAUACACACGCACACAGUGAAUCGCUCGCGAUCGAUACUCUUUCGUCCGUUGUUUGCUUUUUUAUUUUUCUCGAUUAUUAUAAAUUUCGACUGCGAAGCGAAACGAUUCGUCGUCGAGUUGCUGCCGCUGCUGUUUUCUCCGAUUUCCCGACGAUCGAGACCAGAGACAGGGAGAGAGAGAGUCAGUCACCACCGAUGUUUUUCUCUCAAAUAACUUGUUGAUAUGUAGUUCAGCUUAAGUCAGUCAGCGAGCGCCAAUUUGUCACAAUGGACGAUCGUCAAUUGCCAUGAUGCUGCACCGUAGCUCGUCGACCAGGCGUAAGAGGCCGUCACAGGGCAGCCUUGCGAAUCUGCAGCAUCAGCAUUUACAGCAGCAACAACAGCAACAGUUACAAAACCAGUUACAGCAGCAACAGCAGCAGCAGCAGCAGUCACAACAAGUACCUCGGAGCGGGAGAAGAGCUUCGGUCGCAUCGACCGAGCCUUCGUCCGAGCAUCCGGCCAUACUACUGCAGUUGAAUUUGAGGCAGCGUUCGCCGCGCGGCAGCUGCGUGCCCAACAUCGCCUUAGAGCCCGAGGACGAAACCCCAGAAGAGCAGAUGUUCAAUCGGCGACUGCUGCCAGAUCCGGAGCAAUGCGGCGGGCAGCGCAUGAGCCUGGCGCCGGGCGACGGUGUGAAUCGCAGCCCCCGCGGCUCGCUCGUGCCCGACGACUACGUCAUGAUCAGCCGCUCGCCGCGUGGCUCCCUGAUACCGGGCGCCAGCUCGCAGAACAGCCUCGCGCCGACCGACAACUCGAGGAGCCCGCGACACUCGCUGGUGCCGGACUCGGCGCUGAGCCCGAGAAACAGCCUGGUGCCGUUGCUGGACGGCGCCUACGGUCACAAUCGAUCGCCCCGGGGUAGUUUGGUGCCGGCGGGCUCGAGGACUUCCCUCAUGCCAACCGAUCAGAACGGACAGUUGAGCCGAGGCGGUAUGAGCAUCGGCUCGAGACACUCGCUCGUGCCGGAUCAGUCGCGCAGUCCACGCGGCAGCGUGGCCAACAUCGAUCUGCUGGACAGGAGCGCGAGGGGAUCCAUCUCGUGUCAGGACUCGAUGUCGAGAUCGCCCAGAGGCAGCAUAGCACCCAUCGACAUGAAGGAUCGAAGCCCACGCGGUUCCAUAGCCUCGGAGUGUCUCAAUCAGAGUCCACGAGGCUCCAUCGCGCCGGAAAUGAUCAAUCGAUCGCCCCGCGGCUCCAUAGCACCGGACCUGCUGAAUCGCUCGCCCCGUGGCUCCAUCUGCCCGGAGAUGUCGAUGGCCGGUCAGCAGCGCUCGCCCAGGGGCUCCAUCGGACCGCACGACUCGGGGAUGCCGGCCAAUCGGUCGCCGCGCGGCAGCAUCGGCAUGAUGAGCGGCGAGCACAGAGGCUCUUUGACGGCCGAGGACGAGCUGCUCUGCAACAGGAGCCCCCGAGGGAGCAUAGGGCCCGACACCGAUCGAAGCCCCAGGGGCAGCCUCGGCGGCUCGCAAGACAGGCGGCUGCCGAGGAUGAGCUACUCGGUGCAGGACAACAGACGCUCUUCCGCCGACCACGGCACGCCGUCGAGAAAUCGAAGCGGCUCGCCGUAUCAUCAGCGCGGCGAUACUUCCGGAAGCGUCCGAUCGACCGGAAGCGGCCACGCGGUGCUGGGAAAUCACAGCGGCGGCGUCGGUUACGGCGCUACCACGACCACCUCCGCGACGACGCAGCAGCAACAGCAGCAGCAGCAGCAGGUGCCCACGGCCAACUACGGCGCUUGGGCCGACUCGAGGCGAGCCAGUAGUUCCGUAUCGCAGUUUUCGGGCGACGAGUCGCGACGUCUCUGCGGCAACAACAACUACGGCAGCAGCUCGGGCAACGUUAAUUACGUGGAGAAGGGCCUGCAGUGCGGCAGCAGCGGCAUCGUCGGCGGCAUAAUCAGCGGCGUCGGCCAGCAAUCGGCCAGCAAGAGCCAGCAGCAGCAGCAAGCGAAGAACGAGCCGACGAGCGUGGCGGCUUACGGCUCGCUCGUCUUCCAGCUGAAAGUCGCGCAUCUCGAGGCCGAGGGCACCUGCGACUUUGUCUAUCGAGCUUUGCGAGUGGUCAGCAAGACGAUGCUGGUCACCUGCUGCCUCGUUCUACUCACCGCCAUGCCCAUUGUCAUGCUUAUACUCGGUGCGCAAUUCAUCAGGGACUGUCCGCGCGAGCCAAACAUCCCGGUUUACAUGAUCGUCGGCGGUACCCUCGGCGCCAUACGCAUGUUCUGGACGCUCUACUCGCAGAUCAGGUCGAGGCGGCCCAAGGUGCUAUCAAUGCCCGGCUCCAGGACGAAAUUCUCGCCCAAGAUGCUGGCCUCCAUUAUGUUGACGACUUUUUUAUUCGGAUGGUUUUUACUCGGUAACUACUGGAUCCUGAGCAUAAGGUGGCCGGACUACUCGCCGACGCUGUUCGAGCCCAAUCGCUGGUGCCACCGGACCCUCUACGCUUUCUCCCUCGUCCAUCUGUUCGUUAUCUACGUGGUUAUAUUCGUCAGUGUCGUCACGAGUUUGUUGCUGUUCUUCUGCAGGAUUUUAGCCUGUCCCCUGCCCGACAGAUUCAAAUAACCAAGACACUCGAUACGCCAGCAGCGAUCGGAAGGGCAUCGCGACUCGGUUAAGGCAACGACGAGCGGCAGCCUGAGACGACAAGAUAAGCUUCUGCAGCAGCAGCAGCAGCUGCAACCGCCGCAAGUACUCGAGAAGAUCGCGGAGAACGACGAGGACGUCAGUCCGAACGGCCAGGCCGAAACGUCCAACGCUUCAACGGCGAUCGCGACGUCCGAGCUACAACGACAAAAUAUGGCGCCCAAAACGCCCGGAGCAGUGGUGGUCAGCAGCAGCAGCGGCGGCGGUGGCGGCAACGUACUCGACAGCAAGUACUCGUGCAAAGUACAGUUCCGAGCUCCCGACAUAAUCGAACUUUAGCGUGGAUUAAGGUGAGAGUGAGAGGGUCGAGAGCGAGAGAGAGACACGCGAGAGCCUGACCGACGCGCGAAAGCUAAGUGAUAUAUACAUAUAUGUAUAUAACUAUACAUGUACUUUAAGUUAAAAUUUUUUUUUAUUUCGUUACCAAAUCCCGUAUAUAAAGCCAAGGAUGAUAUUCCUUCGGCGCCAUUGUUGUCUGUGUGUGGCGUUGUGUACGUAUUAUAAAUUUGUGUAUAUGUGUAUAUAAGUAAAAAUAAUAUAUACGAUUGUUAACGAAGGAUAAAGGGUUAUAAUGAGCACGUGUAAUAAUUCGCACUUUUCAUAAAAAGACAUCGAAUCAAUUUCAAUAAUAUGCAGGGCUAGAGCUGUACUACGGAGCUGCGUGCAUUACUUAUAUUUGCACACGACGUUUAACGAAAAAAAAAAAAAUAAAGCAGAAAGAGAGAAUAAAGUAAACUACGAAGAAUAGAAAAAAAACUACAGCUAUAAAGGAGGCUGGGAGCGAAUGGAAAACGCGACUCAAGUGCUAAAGGCAAGGAAAGGGUACCAAAAGAAAAAAGAAAGAGAGAAAAAAAAAUCGACAUUUUUCUUUCAUCGCGCCUCGUACACCGACACACAACUCUCUUUCUCUCCCGUUUCUUUUCGAAUUCGCUCCUUAUAUAUACCCGUGUGUGUGUGUGUGUGUGUGUAUACUACUGCUAUAAAUGUGUUAUGUGCUGGUACUUGUGGAGCUUUUUUUAAUACACAUCGAGCUCUUUCUUUCCCUCAAUAGUGGGUGCAGUAUCUACACACUCACAUACACGCACAUACACACAGAGCUAUAUUACGACUGGUACAGUGUAAAUUGUAAAGUCAUGGGCGUCGGUGUUGAAAGCAGCAGCAGCAGCCAAAGACACGCGAGAAAAACCCUUAUACGAACUUAUGCCGCUGCGCCGAAAGUCGAUAUAAUUCAAUACGUGUGUACCAAGCACGCAGUGGCUGUUAUACACGGCGUCUGUGUUUGCGUGUGUGUAUAAUGUUUUCAUACAUAUACAAGAGACAUGUACAGACGGAGAGGGAGCAGAGCAGAGCAGCGCGUCUUUUUUCAUCCGUCUUAUCGCUCCUUCUGACGCUGCUGCUUUUUUCCAAGGUAAUAAACUAGGUUAAGUGCUGUAUAUUUUCAUACUUUUCACUCCUUUCCCUUUUCUCGCUCUCUCGCUCUCUCUCUCUCUCGCUCCUUAAGGGGCGUUAA